AGUGAGCUUCCAACGUUAUAAGUGAGUGUAACCCCCAAUUUUGUUUUCAAGUUUAGUCCAGUGCGUGAUAUAACACUGCCACGUCAUUCUCAGAAUGGAUGGUGGUUGUCGUGAAUCUGGAAGGAUUCUAAUUUAUCAUUGGAAAUUUAAAAACUUUCCUGUAAGAUGCUCAAUUAUGACAGAAAUGGCGGAAUUUAUGGGACUUAAAGCAUUUCGAUUUGCGUUGAAACGAGUCGGUGGUCAAGACUCAAAGACAGUGGUUUAUUUCAUUUGCACAAACUUGUACAAAACUGGUUUUAAAAUUGCAAACGUAUCUCUCAAGAUUAAAGGAAAACCUGAUUUGGAUGGGCACAUGCAGGCUAAACAUAAUGAAGAGCUUGAUCACUUACAGUUAUUUAUCAAACAAGUUGACUGUGAUUGGCAGAAACAAGAAACUAUCACGUUUGGUGUCCACGUCGUCGAAACUGUGGAACACUAUCAUUACCAAUUGUCUGACGUUUUAUUUACGGAACAAUUAUGGACUGCCGCCCAAAACAAGCUCUGGACUGACAUUGAAUUCUCAGUCAAAAAUCAUAUUUACUCAGCACAUCGGGCGAUAUUGGUAGCUCGAAGUCCAAGAUUGUUUGCGUCAGAAUCCUUGAUUGAAGGUAGCCGUAUCAAGAUCGAACACACCGAUCCUAUUGCUUUUGAAAUGUUUCUUCGAUUUCUCUAUACUGGCAUCUUCAAGGUCAAUAAUCGAAAAGGUAUUAAUGAACAAGUGUUACAAUUGGCCGAACGUUACCAGUUGAGCACGUUGAAAUCGCUAUGUCAAUUGGCCGUUCAAGAUAUCAAUGCUAAUCAACUGACAUCUUUUGCUAUGGCAAUGAAACCAGAUUUUGAAAUUUGCCCUAAGAAACCUCAGCUCAAAGAGAAGACGGAAGCACAAUUGUUUUUUCAAAAAUACUACGCUGUUGUCGAAUGCGUUUGGCGAGUAGAAGAAUUGCCCGAUAACGACCAGGUGUUCACUUCAGAUCUCUUGCAUUUCCGCAAUGAUGGAGCGUUCCGAGCAGGAUUGGCAGAUCAUCCAGUCACUAAACACUCGACUCUUCUUUCUCCACAGCAUUUCCUUUAUCUGGCUUGUUCCCACCUUGAGAAAACGGGUACAUCGAUAUCCCACGUCGACAGCUACAUCGACGGAGUUGACUGUUGCCGAAUGGAUCGAAGAGGCGAAAAGGCCUUGUACAUCUUUGGCCGGGAGCUCUUCGAUUUAGUGGUUCCGUGUGAUUUCCGAUUUGACAUAAUGAUCAAGGAAACUGUUGAAAAUUAUCGAUAUCAGCUGAUCGAUAGUCUACGCGCUAUUGAUUUAUGGAACAUGUUUCAACUGGAGAUCAUACCCGAUGUCAAGUUUCUAGUUGGCGAUAAAACUUUUGCAGCACAUCGAGUCAUUAUUGCAGCAAGGAGUCCAGUGUUUGCGACGUUGUUCAACACUUCGACGGUAGAAGCUGUCACGGGAAAGAUUCGGAUUGACGACGCUUUUCCCUCUGACGUCUUCAGGGAAUUCCUUUUCUUCCUUUACACGGGGACGCUCCAAGUAUCAGCCAACUGUCAAUCCCUAUUGCAAAUGGCAGAGAGGUAUCAAGUGGAAACUUUGAUUCAAAUUUGUCGUAUGGCCAGUCAAGAAAUCGACGUUGAAGAGAUUUCCACAUCUUUGAUAUGGUUGUGAGUCUUUAUAUAUUUACAAAUAUUUUUAUAAGUAAAGUUCUUUGUAAUAUAAACUCAGUUAUUUAGAAGACGUUUCGUGUUAGAUAGAGAAUAAUUUAAUAAUUGCACUGUAUCCAUUUAUGGUGCCCUUUUCAAAUAAAAAUGCAAAGUAGAAUUUCCUUCCGCUAGAUGUCUGCUUCGUUUUGCCAACCAUUUCUCAGGAAUGAUUUGAAUCUCU